GAGGACCGUCCAUGGGUUUCGCGCAAAUAAAAGGCGCGGUUACGUCGACGAGGUUCACAUCAAGUAUUUUCAGUUAAUGUGAUCAUAUUUGCUCCAGCCAUGAAGUUCGUGCUGAUUGCUUGCCUGGGAAGCCUCGUCUUGGCACAACAGGAACUACAGGGACCAGGGCCCUUCGUCAGGGACCUGCGAGCUGACGUGCUAAGAGACUUUCCAGAACUUUGCUUCUCUUCAACAAACUUCCGACUCUUCUUGGAAAAUCAGUCAUGGAGCUUGUUCCCCUUCUGUGGAAAAGCUGAAUGCAUCAAGGAAGAAACGCGGUUCGUUGAGCGCGUCCAUGACUGCGGUCCUCAGCCCAAGAAUGGUGAAGCAUGCACGAUUUCCAACCUAGAUGAGCUUCAACGAAACGACACAAUCCUCGAAUACCCAGCGUGUUGCCCAAAAUAUGUGUGCCCUGAUGGAGUCACCCUUCAGUAUCCUACCCAGGAGGAGAUCCAGGCUGAGAUUCAGAAGCAAAAUCAAGCCGCUUUGCAGGCAGCCAAGGAGGCCGCAGCAGCAAGGGAAGCGGCAGGACCACAAGCAGCAGCAGGAGCUUCUUAAGUUACUUCAGAAAGACGAGUCAAACUUAUAGUUAUGUAGAAAACACAAUCUGUACCACCAGUGCACUGGGGUGUGUUCACAUCCUAAGCCUUAUUGAAAAUAGAGACUGUCACUUUGAGUCAUA